AUGAGUGGUCAGAAUCCAUUACAAGAUAUCACACAAUCAUGCAACAAUCUGACCAAUGAACGAAACACAGGUUGGAAGUUAAUCUCCUAUGUUGCUCCUGCCCCGCUAACGUUUCAUCCAAAUUAUCUAAAUCAUCAACAUCAGCAACAAUUUUCACAACAACAACAACAACAAUCAUAUCAACGACAACCGUAUCAACAACCUCAACCUCAAUAUCAACCUCACUAUCAACAACUUCAACCACAAUAUCAAUACCAACAACCUCAAAAUCAACAACACCAACAUCAUCAACAACAACAUCAACCUCAAUACCAACAACAACAACAACAACAACAACAACAACAACAACAACAACAACAACAACCUCAAUACCAACAACAACAACAAGAACAACCCUAUUUGCAACAACCUUUACAACAACAACCCUAUUUGCAACAACCUUCACAACAACAACAACAACAACAACAACAACAACAACAACAACCUCAAUACCAACAACAACAACAACAACCUCAAUACCAACAACAACAACAACAACAACCCUAUUUGCAACAACCUUUACAACAACAACCCUAUUUGCAACAACCUUUACAACAACAACUCUAUUUGCAACAACCUUUACAACAACCAUUUCAACAACAACCCUAUUUACAACAACCAAUCCAGCAAUCAAUCCAACAACCUUUAGCAGCUAUCGUGGAUACUCCAAUACGUUCGGGCCAUGAAGAAUCUCAAGCAUCUCAAGUAAAUUUAGAAGGUAAUGAAUCUGUUGAUUCAAUUGAAAUCAAAUUAGAGGCAACAUCCUCUAAAUCGUCAGAUGUAGACGAAGAAUCUUCAUCUGAUAAUAAUGUUGUUAAUAAUGAAAAUGAACCAACAUUAGAAGUAACGACUUCUCAAUCAUUGUUGGAUUUAUUUGAAGAUUCUUCAUCUGAUAAUGGAAACUUCAAUUUUAACGACGAAUCUACUGAUAGUAAUGGUUCUGAUGAUGAAAUAACUGAUGAUGAAUUAAAUGAUGAUGAUGAAAAAAUGGAAUUGUUUUUGGUAUUGCUUGAUUAUUUUAUUUCUAAGAUAUACCGAUCCUGA